AUGACAGGAGGAUCAAACCAAGGGGGAUCAAAAGAGGUUGUGGCUCAAGGUACUGUUGUACCAUUUCAAUGUCCUAAACUGACUGAAACUAAUUAUAUUACUAGGUUUAUUAUGAAUGAAACUGUCUUGAAGGCAUAUGGACAUUGGGAUGCAAUAACCAAGGGUGCAGUUGAUGAGAAGAAGAAUUAUACCACUAAAGGCAUAAUUUUUCAAACCCUUCCAGAGAAUGUUCUUUUUCAGGUUGCUAAACACAAGAAUGCAAAAGAUGUUUGGGAAUCAAUCAAGGUUAGGUAUAUUGGAGUCGAACGGGUGCAAAAAACAAGGUUGCAAACCUUAAGAAAUGAAUUGGAGAUGCUUAAGAUGAAGGACAAUGAGUCAAUCAAUGACUUUUCGGGAAAAAUAAGUGGUAUUGUUGUCAAGUUCAAAAGUCUUGGUUCAACUCUUGAAGAGGAGGUGAUUGUAAGGAAGUUUCUCAAUUCGGUUCCAAAGAAGUACUUGCCAAUUGUAGCUCCAAUUGAACAAUAUUUUGACCUUGAAACUAUGACAUUUGAAGAAGCGGUUGGAAGGGUCAAAGCCUAUGAAGAAAGGCUUCAAAUUCAUGAAGAAAAGGAAGAAGAGCAAAGUCAACUCAUGAUGGCAAGUGAACCAAGGCAUGCUGAUAGUAGUGGACAUGGAAAAGGGGGUGAAAGGAACUAUGAAGGAGGUGGAAGAGGUCGAGGUGACAAAAAUAGCUUCCGGUGCUUUAACUAUGGAGAAUUUGGGCAUUUUAGCUAUGAGUGCACAAAGUGGAAUGACAAUGAAGCGAACUUGAUCCAAGAUGAAGAACCGGCAUUGCUUUGA